AUGUUCAACCCCAUCCCCCUCUGGGUGUGGAUCUACGGGGAAAAGGAGAGAGCCAUCGAGGAUUUACUCUGGGACCUCGAAGAUGCAGAAUCAGGAGCUAUCAACUCACAUUUUUCCACAUUUCGCGUUAAGCUCCAUAAAAUGGACUUUGUCACCGGCGCGACCUCGUCUGACAUGGUCGAAUACUUCAAACCGGAUCUGAAGACCAAAUUCCAACUUGAAAACACCUUCCUCGACCCCGAUGACCCAAAGGAUGACAAGUUCCCAUCCAUGCUGAAGAAGAAAAACGACCCAACUUUCGAUAGCCAAAAGCUUCAUCAACAACUACGAAUGUCCUUUGCAAAGUACAUCACCCAUUCGCCCAAUGGCCGCAGAGCAGCUUCUGGCUGGCAGUUUAUCAACCCUGAACAAGGAGGCGAUCUGUACAACAGCAACGACAAACAUGGCUUCAUAAUCGAUCAAGGAGCCGCAAGCGUCAGCGCUAGCGCCUCUCAUCAGCUUGUGAUCAUGAACAGCGAAGAAUGCUAUAGCAUCAAUAAGCCAUCCACAGGAGAGCUCAUUGUUCUCCUCCGAUGGAUGCUUGAAUCCGUCAAACCCCAAAAAUUCAAAUCUGGCGUUUCAGCUCGCAAGGACCCAGAAAACGGCCCCUUCCAACAUGACAUCCCGACUAUGGUCAUCUCAUUCCUACCCGAUGCCAAGGUCCGCGUCUUAUACGGCUACUUCGACAACGGUCUCCUCAAAAUUGCUCACACCAAGGCAAUUGAAUUCGACAACAUCAAAUACGAAGAACGUAUGGAUACUCUCCUCCAAUGGGCCUGGCCCAUGAUCUGCAAGGAUACUUCCAAGCCAAUCCCAAUGCAGACAAUCGAAGAGAGCGACGAAUCAGACGAGUCCGAUCAACCUUGUUGA